CUGUUGAAAGUCGAGAAUCGACAAGAUAAGCCAGAUCGAUACUUCUUCUCGGUAAUAUCGUUGUUGUUAGGCUAGAAACACGAUUGUAACGACUAUUUAGGUUUUAGUUUAUUUAAAACGUAAGUACAACGUGAUGUAAAGAUGAAAACUCUUCGUCUUUGAAGUUUCCCGACAAAAUGGCAUUUCAUCUGCUCUGGUAUUGCGUAUUAGAUAACAUACUUUAUUAACCUUGUAAAAAGAGGUUAGGUUUAUGCCGAUAAGCCAUAAUAGCUAUGGAGUUUUUAGUAAAUCGAUUGAAAGCUCUUAUUGUACUCCUCUUGGGAAUAUUCAGACGAGCGAUGUGUUGUCUUCGACGUCGACGUAGAUCGUCUUGCGAUUCUAUUCCCUUGUCAGCAGUUGGUGUGGUACCAAACACCACAAACAACACAACAGAAUCAGAGCAGUGGGAUCAGUGGGAGGAAAAUCCUGUUGUUGUUGUACCAGACAAGCCUGUGAAUACAAUACAGGCUAAAAUCGAACAAUACAGACAGCAAGCAUCUCAAUCACCAGAAUCUACAGAAGAGCCACACGCAAAUUUUUUUGAGGACAUGACACCAAAGAUCACCAGACAAAUAAAGAUUUUAGUGAAGGAUAAAAUAUCAGAAAACACUUCUUGGAAUUCUUCAAAGUUUGCAGUAAAUAGUAACCCUGUACCAUCUAAUGAGCUUGGAGAAUGGGAAGAUAACACUGUUGGUUGGGAAGAAGAAACGUCUAAAGAGUUUGGGGAUCCUACAAAAACGCUGAGAGAACAGAAAAGACGAGAACGAGAACAGAGACUAUUCGAACAACAACAGAAGAGGAUUGAACGCAAUUCAAGACCGCAGCCGUUAGGAGCAAAGCUAACAUCUUGAUGAGAAAGAAUAUACUCAAAGCAAUUUUUUAUCACAAUUCAUAACUUUCCAUCUAUUGGUGGUCAGACAUAAGAAUUUUUCAACACCGCAUGGAACGUCAUAUAAAACCAAGAAAUCAAAGAGCAUUACGAUUUACGUUGUCAGUAAUUGUUGUGUUCCAUUGUAGUAAUUAAAACAAUGUAUCCAAUGUAGGCUAGGAGCAUACAAUGAUUUAUUUUCUCUCUGUGCGGCUAUAUUAUUUUUCUUUACUGUGGAUGCAUUGAGGGCCUUCCAACAUCCUUUAUAAAACACUUUCACAGCUUUAGAGAGAACAUCUAUUGCAUGAUCAGACAACUUGGAUGUGACCGCUUCCAGAAGGACAUUUCCCUCUUGAGCCUCAAUUAUCGAAUGUCUAAUUGCGAAUUAUUUUCUUAAAUUCGUAUGUUUUUCAGUAUCAAUUUUCUGAAUAUCUCCUCUGCAAAUAGAGUCUAUACAACAUGCGAUGCAUUUAAACUAUUAUAUCUGUUCAGCUGAGAGGCACAGAAUAGUAUUUAACAUUGUAAAAAGCAACAGACUUUUAACACUCAACAAUGUUGUAUUAUAACGUAAUACAAAUGUGAAGGACGGACGUAUGUAUGCAGUUUGUGCAGUCUUUAAACGAAUUUACUCUAAUGCAUUCACUGUUUAUUCUCGACAUGUUUUUUUCACAUUUAAAAACAUUCCAUGUAAAUAGCCUUGUAGUGUUGUUUAAAAUCUGUUUCCAUUGUAAUUGGAACGGACUGUUUUUAAAUUUGUAUUUAAAUUACAUU